AUGCGGUCGUUCGUGGUAACCAUCGCGAUUUUGGCUGGCGUCCUUGCCAUGCCCUUUGACUUGGAAGAGGCGAAGCGACGGGAUGCUUCGCUUUACUCGGACGACGUGGCCCGGCACGUCUUCUUCCCACUGGCCAUGUCCACGUACAGCCACGAUCCGCAGAAGUGUAUCACCACAGCAGCACAGGGAAAGCUUCGUCGCUUCGUCAACGUCCAAUGCGAUAUCGAUAAGCAAGAUACUUGUGCUGGUUAUACCGCUGUCUCGGACGCCCAGAAGGCUAUUAUUCUGUCUUUCAGGGGCACCAGCGGUAACUCGCAGCUCGUUUUGGAGAUCGUUGAGGCUUUGCACCAAAUGGUCCCAUUCGCGGGUGGCAACGUCGCCUACUACUUCUACAACGCUUUCCUGAGCGUUUGGAAUGGAGGCAUGAAGCAAGAUUUUCUGGCGCUCAGAAAUGCGAAUCCUGGGUAUGAGAUCUGGAUCACCGGGCACUCUCUCGGUGGGGCAAUGGCGGCCGUGGCAGCAAACUUCAUUGCGACCACACAGAACAUCACCGGGACGCCCGUGAAAUUCAUGACUUUCGGAGAGCCGAGGACCGGUGACAAGAAUUUUGCCGACGCGCACGACUCUCGAUUCCCCUUCUCUUUCCGCGUCAUCCACAACCACGACAUUGUUCCGCAAGUGCCAUUCCCGUUCAUGGGCUACCGCCAUCACGGAGCGGAGGUGUGGUACGAAAACACAAUGGGCAACGGCGCCUCGUACAAAAUCUGCGAGCAGCAAGAGGAUAAGAACUGCUCGGAUGGAACACUCGACGUCUGGGAGCCCGACCACGACGACUAUUUCGGUCUGAAGGAUGGCCAAGCGUGGUUCGACUCUGGCUGCCCAAAGUUU